AUGAAACAGCUUCCUCUCGAUAUUCUUAUCCCAAUUCUUGAGCCACUGAUUGCGGAUUCACGCGCUGAUCUUCUCAACUGCAGUCUCGUCAACAAAAAUUUCUAUCGCAUCGCCAUUCCUCUCUACUACAGGGUUCUUGACGCCCGGGUGAGCAGUGAAUCGCAGCUGAACUCUUUUGUGAACCCCCCUCGUCAGGAUUUAACGAUCCCGCUCCGCCAACAGUCUUGUCUGGCCAAAUAUAUUCACCAUCUUACCAUACGCGGUGCCAUAACACACAAGACCCUCAGUAUCGUCCUCCAGUGCACCAACUUGAACUCAUUAACCUGGAUCGACGACAUACCCAGCUCGCCGAACUCACAGAGUGCAUUUGACUGUGACCGCAGUCCAAACAAUGAAACUCUUGCCCUCCUUGGUGUCGCGCACCGAGUUCCUCGCCUUUCUUCGUUGACCCUACGCACAUACAACGACCUCAGCUCAGAUGCAUGGGUUCAGUUCGUGUCAUUCCCAGGACUCCGCAAACUUUCGCUGUGGUGCUUCUCUAUCAGUGGAUGUUGGAACAAUGGUUCAAUAGUGGAGUCACUCACACACCUAGAGCUUUGUGUGGGUUCCAUCAAUUCCACCGAAUAUAUCUCCCUCUUCGUCAGUCUUCUCAACUUAGAGUACCUGCGGCUGAAAGGAGCUCCAUCCAGCGCCAUCGCUUCCCUUGCUGCACUUCUGCCCAAGCUUCGAAGCUUCGACACUGACUUUGUGUCGGCGCCGUUAUCAGCAGUUGACGACCAGCAAACAUUGCAACUCCAUCAUCUUACGGUGCGAACGAGCACAGACGCGUUGACCCCCUUCUAUUCGUGGCUUCGACAAUUGGCUGGCCGUGGUCCUGACGAAUCGUUCAUACUACAUGCAUUUGCUGUCCGCGCGAAGCAUGUUGUACCAAGCGAAUUCGUGAAGGGCCUGCCUCUCACACUGAGAGAGUUCGUCGUCGGAGAGGCAGAGCUUGCGCUAUCGGAUGUGUCGUUCCUUUGCAAGUCGAUGUGCAACUUGAUCAGACUGGAGUGUUCUGUGCAAACGCAGGACAUUUUAGCUGUUGAACAGGCCAUUGGGAUGGGGCAGAGACUUCGCAGGGUGAAAUUUCGAGGCCGAGGAAUCAAGAUGAGUCGAGUUCAGGCUCGAAAGUGGAUGAUAGAGCAUGCUGAACUGAGGAAUAUUGGCAUCAAUUCAGACAUGUUCAAGGGAAAAUGGGUUCUUGACGCUGAACAAGGGCUGGUAUUGAGGGUAGAUGUGGCCGCGGAUGGAAAUAGAUGGGGUACUUGA